UACCGAAGAAGAUGAAGACGGUGGAAUAAUAAAAUUCACUCUCAUCAAUCAUCUCCCAAGAGUGUUCAAACACGAAUGAAACCAAAUAUUGUUUUUAAAAGAAAAGUUAUGAUCUUUGACGAACAGAGAGAAUCAUACCAAUGUGAAUUCUGAUCAUCAUCUCUUUUUGACGACUCCACCCAAAAAAAAAAAAAAAAAAACAGAGAGAUUUGCGCUGAAGAAUCAAUAAAGGUCGAGACUUUAUACGACGACAAGAGAGAAUGUCGAACCCGAUGCUGUCGGAGAAAUGGGAGAGCUCAAGUAAAACCACCAGAAGAGAGCUCAAAAGGAGAGAGAGGAAGACGUGGAAGAAACCCAUCAGGAUUUCUAAACUGCCCAGUUUCACAUCCGAUCAGAUUCCGGUCAUCUUCUCCGGCUACACCGCCGAGUCUGAAGACUCCUCUUCCUCCGACAUGUCUGACGAUUCCAUCGCUUGCUCCACUAAAUCAUCUGAGGUUGACCAGGUUGAGGAAAGUUCAAAAUCUGUGAGGAGGAUGAAGAGUUUGAAGGUUCUUAGGAGACAGUCAACGAGGAAAGGAGGAGGACUGAUGAAGAUGAGAUCUAUGAAGCGUGUAACUUCACACACCCUGAGGAAUAAGAACAAGAAGAAUCUUGAUUUGAUUUCAAGGGAGGACUUGGGAGGGUUGCUAGAGCCUCAUUACUUGAGACCAACGAGCUCUUCAGCUUCCAAGAACGUUCAGAAGAAUCUCCAAGCGGCUAGGUUGAAGAGGAUGACGAGUUUGAGAUACAAAGGGCUGCUCAAGGCUACUUGCUCUUCAGCUAUGAAAGGUUCUCCUUCUUCUAAGAAGAGUGAUGAUGUGUGCAACUAUAGGUAUUGUUCUCUCCACGGUCGGCCUCACAGCCACGCUGCGGAUGAUGAGAGCGGUGUUGUUCAUGUUCCGUCUCUGAAGCGGUUUGUGUCGAUGAGGAGGAAGUUUUUGAAGAGGCAGAAGAGUGUUAACCGGCGUUUGGUGCUGUUGAAGCGGAGUUUGAGUAGGAAGAGAGGGCCUGCUGAUCAAGAAUCAGAGCAGGUGGCUGAUGCUGGUGGAGAAACCAAUCAAGAGGUUGUUGAAGAAGAGGUUUCUAGCUGGGAGAUCUGUGGAAGUGAAUCAGAAUCGAAUGGAAGAUCUAGUGAGACGGUGAUGGUAGAUGUUGAUGAUAAUGUGGACACUGUUGCAUCAGCUGGAAGAGAAUGUGUUGUUCAGGAAACUAAACCGGAAGUAAUGGAUGAUUCAGAUGGCAGAAUUGACAAAGAUAUGGAGGAAACUGUGACUGGUCUGGAUCAUGAUGAUGUGAAGGUGAAGAGUGAAGAAAAUGUGGGAGAUAAUGAGGAAGUUUGCAGUGAACUGCGAGAAGAGGAUGGAAAGAAAACUGAAAAUAUAUGGAAUGGUGAAGAAUCUAAACUGGAGAUAAUGGAUGAUUCAGAUGGAAGAAGUGACAAAGAUUCUAAGGAAUCUAACAUGACAGGUCUUGAUUAUUAUAAUGGGGAGAUUGAGGGAACUAAAAGUGAAGAUGAAAAGAACACUGAAGAUGUAUGGAAUGAUACUGUUACGCUUGUUAAGCAAGCCUUUGAUGAGAUACUUGCUGAAAUAACCGAUGAUGACUCGUCUGAUGAUGCUUCAGAGGGUGAAUUGGUGAAUGAAUAUGAUGAUGUUGCAGAUGAUUCAAGUGCUAUUGAAGGAAGGGACACACAUUUGACUGUAAUUGUUUCUACUUCUCGUAUGGAAGAAGGAUCUGAUCACAGAAGAGGUGCUAAGAAGUGGAGUUUCUUGAAAAGAGUAAUCCUUCUCAAGAGGUUUCUCAAGUCGCUGGAUCGAAAAGAGAGGCGCAAGCGUUCUGACCCUGAAGAGAAUGAGACAAUAAUGCGGUUGAGAAGAGAGUUGGUUGGAGAGAGGAAGAAUGCAGAGGAAUGGAUGCUUGAUCAUGCUCUUAGGCAAGUCAUUAAGACUCUUGCUCCACCUCAGAGAAGAAAAGUGAAACAUCUUGUCAAAGCUUUUGAAUCUUUGAUUCCUAUGAAUGGUAGCUCUAGAGGUCAUGGUGGUAUUGGAAGUCCUGGAAGAGAAGAGAAGGAGACAAUGAACUCGCAAACGAUCUUGAGAGACAUUGAUGACACUACUGAUCUACCAAAAGUUUUGUCAGGAAAGGAUCUUGAAGAAACAAACUUAACUAGAGAAGUUUCAUCAUCUCUUUCUCUUGGUAUGAAAUCUGAUGAAGAUGUGGAAACAAUAGAAGAUUCAAGUUCAAGUCAUCAACCUGCUGUGGAGGAAGUAUUAGAUGAGUUGGCUUCAGGUUCAUCUAUAGAAGAAAAAGAAGAGAAGACAGGAGAUUCAACUAUAGAAGAGAAGACAGGAGAUUCUGAAAAGAAAAAUCUUUCUACAUGGAGGAACCUUAUACAGAAGCACAUGGUUUCAGGAGACAAUGAAGAGAGAAAGGUUGAUGAAGCUGAGCAAGAAGAUUACAGGUGGUCCUAUGGUACUGAAGAUCAUGGUGAUGCUGCUGCAGCAACUAUUAAAUCGUUUCAGCAAGCAUUUGAAAUGAUUCUCUCGGAGAUCCCUGACGAUGAAGAGAUUGUUCCGGAAUCAUCGAACUCUCUUAAAGAGGAGAAAGAAGAAGAACAUGGAGAGACUAAAAGAAGCUGGAACAGCCUGAGAAAGGUGAUACUCUUGAAAAGAUUUGUGAAAAGCUUGGAGAAAGUAAAUGUUUUUAAUCCGAGGAAGCUGCGGAAUCUACCUGUUGUUGAUUCUAAACUGGAGGAGGCGGAGAAUGUAAUACUAAGAAGACAUCGAUCAACAAUGGAGGAGGGAAUAAGAACAGAUGAAGAGGAAUGGAUGCUGGAUUAUGCUAUGAGACAAGCUUUAUCAAGAUUGGCUCCUGUAGAGAGAAAGAAAGUAGAACUCCUUGUGCAGGCUUUUGAUACAGUUCUUGAUGGCCAUGAGACACUUAAACAAACCAAGAGCACUGACACAACUGUCAAAGAAGGAACACAGACAGUUGAGGAAGAUAGUGAAGUCAGCAAAGACGAGCAGAGGAUCAAAAAUGUAUUUUCAAAAUUUCAAGUACAUCCAAAGAACUUGAAACAAGAAGAAGAGGAGGUUGAUGAUACUCCCAAGAACAACGUUGAAGCUGCCACAGAGGGAACACUGAGAGCAGAGAAAGAUGAGCAGAAGAUUGCAAAUGUCUUCUCAAAGUUUCAGGUGCAUCAAAAGGAGGUUGAUUCUACGCCGCGAAAAUCCAGCAGUUUACUUCCUCCUAUAGGAAACGUUAAACAGCGAAUCAUCGUUGAGAAAGAGAAAGAUUCAAGAAUGUGGAAGCUCAUCUACAAACACAUGGUAACAGAGAAAGAAGAAGAAACUAGUUCAGUUGAUGGUGAAUGUGAUGACGACGAAACUGCUAAUCUUCGGAUUGAUGCUAGAAGAAGCGGAACAGUUACACUCGUUAGAGAAGCUCUUGAGAAGAUUCUCUCUGAGAUCCCAGACAACUCCUCUGAUGAUCAGUCCAUAGACAGUGCUACUGAUCAAGAACUAAUGGAAAGAAACUCUCAAGUAAGUGAAGAGUUUUCUACCAACUCAAAACCAAAGAAAGGAUGGAACAACGUGAAGAAAGUCAUUCUACUAAAGAGAUUCGUCAGCGAUUUAGGAAGACUCAGCCCCAAGACGCCUCGGUUCUUGCCUUGGGAGCCUGAUCCUGAAACCGAGAAGAUCCGUCUGAGGCAUCAGGAAGUUGGAGGGAAGAGGAAUUCAGAGGAGUGGAUGCUUGAUUAUGCUCUGAGACAAGCCAUAUCGACUUUACCACCGUCUCAGAGGAGAAAAGUCUCUCUUCUCGCACAAGCUUUCGAUACUAUAAGCUUUUCUUCGACUCCAGCAACGUCGAGGAACAUCUCUCGUCAGUCCAGCCUUUCUUCUAUUGUGUCGGUUCAAAGUGAAAACGAAGGUAACGCUGAGAUCUUAAGAGGUAAACUGAGAAAACUACAAGAGGAUAAUCUCAAAGAGACUGCCAAAGUUGAUGGUGAUUUGGAGGAGAAACAAGAGUGUUCGAGCUUGUGGAGGUUGUUAUGCAAACAGAUGGAAGACAACGAGAGAAACCAAACAUUGCCAAAAGAAGAACAAGAGUCAGAGGAAGACACAAGUGUGGAUGGUGAGAAAGUGGAAGUUUACAAAACCGAAGCAGUGGAGUUGUUAGGAGAGGUCAUAGACGGAAUCUCUCUUGAAGAGAGUCAAAAGAGUGAGGCCUCACAAGUGAAGAUUAACAGAUGGAGCAGUCUCAAAAAGGCGAUGCAGCUCAGGAAAUUCGUCAAAGCGUUGGAGAACGUGAGGAAGUUCAACCCAAGGGAGCCUCGGUUCUUGCCGUUGGACCCAGGGGUUGAAGCGGAAAGAGUGAACCUUAGGCAUCAAGAAACUCGAAACAAGAGAAACGGGGACGAGUGGAUGGUCGAUAACUCGCUUCAAGAAGUUGUUUCCAAGCUUACACCAGCUCGGAGAGAUAAAGUUAAGUUGUUGGUUCAGGCAUUUGAGUCACUUUCGGCUACAGGGAACUGAGGCAAACGAUAUAACUUGUUGCACGGCUACGGACCAUGAAGAACAAGAUGGACAAGACUAAAGACUUAUUAAUUGUCCUUGCAAUGAUCUCUACUCUUUUUUGUUCUUGCAAUGACAAUUCAUUAUGUUGACAUUUCAUGUAAUGUGUGUACAAAAGGUAUUAUACUGUUAUUAUUCAAAGGAGUUGAAUUACAAAAGUUCUCCAAAAAAAUUUAUGAUUACGGGUAAUGUUUGAUGUUAUGCAUAAUUGUUUCUAUAUAUAUGAAGUAAGCACUAACCUUGGUGAUGA